UAUAUAAGGGACUUCCCCGCUCCACGACAGCCUUCUGAUCAGAACAACGACAAGAUGAAGACCUUCAUAAUAUUUACAACAUUGGUGGCUGCGGCGGCGGCCUUUCCUAUGGGCAAUAAUGUGGCUCUGGACGGGCAGUUUGUUUUGGCAAAGGACUACUCCAAUGAGGAUGGUACAGAAUACUCCGUAAAAUAUGUUAAGCCCUACACCCCUGGACAGCGAAUGCCCCGUUUCGAUCUAUCGCUUGACAGCUCCGAAGAAGUCUUCCAUUUCCUGGCCAGUCAGCAGGAAGGGGGGCAGAAAAGCUGGGCAGAGCGAGUGAGGAGUCUUCAGCAGGUACUGAACACCGGCCUGGAUGUGUCGGAUGAACUCUUCCAUCGUAUGCACUCCACAGGCAUCAACCUUCCGACAGACCGUCAGUACUUUGUAGAUUCUUCCGGAGAAAUUUACUACGACAAAACAACAAAGCAGAAACCGGGAGGUGGAGUGCGGCCAUUUAGAAAAUAAGCUUCUUUGUUGGUGAGAGGUUGGUCAGCUAUCUUAUGUUAUCGAGAAGUGGAGCUCUGAUGCACCUGCAAUUCAAUGCCAGUGCUUUGAACUGUUGAACUAUCAAUAGGAACAUGUAGCAGGUAACAUUACCAUGAUACCUUGUAGAUAAAUUUUGUACCCGUAAUGUUAUAGAUACCAUAGAAUGUACCGUGCAGGCCAGGUUCGUUUUCUAAUGGUAUCAAUUUUGGGGUUACUUUAGAAAAAUGAAUGUAGACCAGUUUCACUGAAAUGUCAUGGAAACCUGGUGCCACUUAAAAAAAUAAAGAAAAAAACAUAUCAAACUUC